UUAUAUCGACAUACAAGGAACCAAUUCCAUGGAUUGGAAACAAAAAUGGUCCAGUAGUACUGACAUUAGCAGGCAUGAAUGGUUACUUACAUGUGUUGUAUUGGUAUGAGCACGUUACUAUUGACAUGAUUCCGGUUGACAUGACAAUUAAUGGCCUUUUGACAGCGAUUUGGGACUUUGUCGUGAAUAGGAAAUCGAAUGAACCACAAGUAUACAAUUAUGCAAGUUCCGAUUGGAAUCCAAUUAAAACCUUUGAACUAUGUGAUCACGGUAGUGACAUUGUAUAUAAGAAUCCUUCGGUUAAAGCGGUCUGGUACCCGUUUCUCAUUUGUUCUAACAACAUUCUCGUUUUCCUUCUACUUCAUACACUUUGGCAUGUUUUACCAAGCUUAUUUAUCGACUUAUUCCGUUUACUUCGGGGAAAGAAACCAGUACUCACAAGAAUAUUGGUCAACGUAACAAAAAAUUAUAGAUUACUGUCGUAUUUCGCAUCCUCCAAGUGGGUUAUCAAGACGGAUAAACUCAAAGAAAUUCAAAAUAGAAUGAACAAAGACGAUUUGGAAGAGUUUCCUUGUGAUUUAGGAUCAGUGGACUGGUAUAAAG